AUGCCAGUGUCAGAGGGGGAGGAAGAGGAGGAAGAGCAGCAGCCGAAGGCCACGGAGACCCUGAUCACAACCCCCAGCUUUAUUUUUAUCACUACACAGAUAGUGAGACCCAGAGACCUGAUCCUCAGCCAGCUGGUCCUAGCGAACAACCUGGUUCUUUUCUCUAAAGGGAUCCCUCAGACAAUGGCAGCUUUUGGACUGAAAUCCUUUCUGGAUGAUGCUGGAUGUAAACUUGUCUUCAGUCUACACAGAGUGGCCAGAGGGGUUUCUCUCAGCACCACCUGCCUUCUCAGUGGCUUCCAGGCCAUUAAGCUUCGACCCAGUAUCUCCAGGAGGAUGGAACUCCAAAUGAGGUCCCCAAAGUGCAUCGUUUUCUGCUGUUUCCUCUGCUUGAUCUUUCCUCUUGUGGCAAAUGUCUAUAUUGCCACACGUGUAACUGGCUCCGUGAACAGCGUUAACUUAAGCAUGGAAAAAAUGUACAGAUACUGUUCAUUACCCAUCUCAGACAGACCGUUAUUCUCAGUAUCGGCCGUCAUGUGCAGCUUGGUGGAUGGUGUGUGUUUGGCCCUCAUGGUCUGCACCAGCAGCUCCGUGGUCCUCGUCCUGCACAGGCACAAGCAGAGAGUCCAGCACAUUCGCAGCCACAGCCUCUCCCCAAGAACUUCUCCUGAAACUAGAGCCACACACAGCAUCCUCGUCCUGGUGAGCACAUUUGUCUCCUUUCACAUGCUCGCUUCUAUUUUAUCAUUUGGGGUAACCCAUAUUCAGAACCCAAGCCACUGGCUGAGGAGCUUCUCUUUCCUGGCGUCUGCAGGAUUCCCAACAUUCAGUCCCUUUGUGUUCAUUGUCACUGACAUCCGCGUCUCACAGUUCUACACUGUCUGCUGGACAAGGAAGUCCAAUGCUCCAAAAAUGGUCUCUGGGCUAUAAGUUCCCUCCAGAAUAUUACAUCAUUUAUUUAAUCACUUCCCCCUUUCCAAUAUUUGUAGGCUCAUAUAUUAUGCCAGUUAAUAUGUAAGGACUUUGGGACUCGGUAUUGAAUAAAUGGCCUCAUAUUGCCUAUUGGAGUGCCUAACAUAAACAUGAUAUACAUAAUUAUCCCACUGUAUGGCGA